AUGGAUCAUAGAACUACCAUUUUUGUGGGAUCGUUGCUAGUUGCUUUUCUAGUCUGUAGUGAGGCUGCAUCUGUUAAAAUGACAAAUGCCGUUUGCAAGACCUACAACAAAUCGUGGGUUGAUAUCCAUUAUUGCCGCCUGAAGGCCUAUUCCCGGAACAAGACCAGCCUGCAUAUCAAUGCCACGUUCCUAGAGCCAGCCAAUAAUAUAUUCAUUCAUUCAAAGAUGAUGAAGAAGGCCAAUGGUUACAAGCCGUUCUUAUUUGAUUAUACUUUCGAUGCCUGCGAGUUUAUGAGGAGACGAAACCAGCCCUUUGCCAAGAUGAUUUGGAACUUGAUCAGGAAUGUUUCGACGGUGAACCACACCUGUCCUUAUGUGGGCUUACAAGUGGUUAGCGAUUUUUACCGCAUUGAGUUUCCUGUGAGUUUUCCAACUGGAGGGUAUUUACUUCUGAUAGACUGGAUAUUCGAUGGUAAAUCGCAGUAUGCCACAAAUGUUUAUUUUACAUUUGUGGAGGAUUUAUUUACGAGAAGAUCAUUUUAA